AUGGAGACCUCAGGAGAACAAGCAGGUUCCCCCAAUGAUAUCAAUGAUCUAUUCGACUAUGACGUGGGCCUAGACGAACUCUUUCAAGGGAAUCAAGACGCGUCAAACAACGAGGCCGCAAAGCCAGCAGCGGAUCCGUCCUCUCUCGGACUCGGACUGGACGAAGAAGUGAAAAUCACUAAGAAGCGACAACCGAUUGCAAAGCUAGAUGAUGCACGUCUACUUUCACAACCAGGAAUCCCCAAACUACGCCGCGCAGCUAAGACCAAGCUUAGAUUCAAAGGCAAAGGACAUGAGGUCGGUCGAUAUCUCUCUGGAGAGCACGCACAGGAGCUAACGGGAGAGAUUGGUCAGUUUUCGGAUGCCACCCGCCUAUUGAAUUUCUAUCAGCUUUGGCUUGAUGACUUGUACCCUCGCGCAAAAUUCUCAGAUGGUUUGGCUAUGAUUGAGAAACUUGGUCACACCAAACGAAUUCAGACGAUGCGUCGAGAAUGGAUCGACGAGGAAAAACGAAAGGUUUUUGAAAGAGAUAUGCCAGAAUCCAUAAACCUCCCCACAAGACUUUCGUCAGGUCAAAAUGAUAGCACAACGGAAGUGACAAACACAUCGAUAUCACAGCCGGCACCGGGUGGAUCAGGUGGUCCAGAUCUCGAUUUGUUCAUGCCAGACCCCGAGGGAACAACCCAGCAAGUCGUUAGCCACCCCGAGCCCGAUGACGACGAUCUAGAGGAUCUUUUAAGAGAAGAAGAUGAGAUGAGGCUAGGGGAGCCACACUCGGCGAAGCAAGUUCCCAACAGCGCAAACGACGAUUUUGAUGCCGAAUAUGAAGCCAUGAACGAUAUGGGGCUAUAA